UAUCCCAGUAUGCAAUGCGCUUCUACAAGCGCCAGCUGUUUACCAGCGGUCAUUCCCAUUGAUGAAAAGGACGAGAAAGUAUUGGAGAUUGGAUUCAUUAUUUUGGUUUUUUUUCGAUUCGGAAAGUUUCAGUUUUUCCCACGUUUUGUACCCAAGCAGUUUGGUAUGGAUCCUGUUGGAAAGUCAUGCUCUUUGCUGAUUAUUGUAACAACUCUUCUAAGUGAAACAUGGGGCGCUCCAGAUAAAGAACUACUUUGUGGUGUGUGUCAUGUUAUUGCUGAUGAACUUCAAUGGGAAAUCUCUCAAGUUGAUCCAAGAAAGACUCUAGAGGUUGAGAGCUUUAGAGUGGAUCCAAAAGGAAAUCAAAAUACCAAGAAGAUUCAAUAUGCAAGAUCAGAGACUCACCUUAUAGAACAACUUGAUAACAUGUGUGAGAAAAUGAACAAUUACGCUGAAUCAACUGAUCCUAAAACUGGCAAGAAGUCCUAUAUCAGGACGUCGUCACGAUCAGGAGAGGCAGUCACUCUUAGCAAUGUAGCUAUCAGUGGUGACAUAGCACAAAAGCUGAAACAUGCGUGUGAGAGCAUAAUAGAAGAUUAUGAUGAUGACAUUAUAGCAUCUUUCAAGAAGGAACGUAAAGAUCCAAAACGAUACAUGUGUCGCACAACCACUGGUUUGUGCAUUGGUGAUGAUGAGGAGUAUGAAGAUGAUGAGGAAGAUGACGAUGACACUGAGAAUGAUGCUUCGGACACAGAUCACGAUGAACUUUGACCUUAGUUUAGGACAAAUUUAUAUCAAUUUUGUUUUUUUUGGUUGUUUGUUUUUUACUUAUCAAAUACAAAAUGCACAAAAUGAAUCUAGGCAAAAUUAAAGCCGCAAUUUUUGCACUUUUCAUUGUAAUGAUAUAAUUAAAGGGCU